GCACCUUCUACCAUUCAGAUUCCCCCCACCACUCUCUCCUUAUCCUCCUCCCUUUUUCUUCACUCUUUUUCAAAGAGUGAUAAUAUUAAUAUAUACUAUACUAUAGUAUUUAAUUUACUAUAGCAAAUCAUAUAUUCUAUGGGUCUAUUUUUAAAUAACCAACAUUAUCUUCAACCUAUCUUAUGCUUCUUAAUCUUCCUUGUUUUCAAAGGUGUUUUAGUUUCCGGUGCAACAUUUACGUUUCUGAAUAAAUGCGAUUACACAGCAUGGCCAGGAAUUUACGGAAAACCGGAACUCGGAACAACCGGUUUCCAGCUCACAAAAGGAACAUCCAGAACCUUCCAAGCCCCAACCGGCUGGUCCGGUAGAUUCUGGGCAAGAACCGGUUGUCAAUUCGACGACUCCGGCCACGGAACAUGCCUCACCGCCGACUGUGGCUCCGGCGAAAUCUCCUGCAACGGCGCUACCGCUUCACCACCUGCCACUCUCGCCGAAUUCACACUCGGAACCGGUUCACUAGACUUCUACGACGUGAGCCUCGUCGACGGUUACAAUCUCCCGAUGCUGGUAACCACGAGCGGCGGGACAGGGACGUGUGCCGUUACGGGAUGUAGUACGGAUAUCAAUAAGAAGUGUCCGUCGGAAUUGAAGGUUGCGAACGGUGGCGCGUGUAAUAGUGCUUGUGGCGCGUUUGGGAAAGCGGAGUAUUGUUGUAACGGUGCGUUUAGUAACCCGGACACGUGUAAGCCUUCUGUUUAUUCGGAAAUGUUUAAAUCUGCGUGUCCUAAAUCUUAUAGCUACGCUUAUGAUGAUGCAACUAGCACUUUUACUUGUGCUGGUGCUGAUUAUACUAUCACAUUUUGUCCUUCUUCUACACCUAGUCUAAAGUCAGCGACGGAUUCGGGUUCUAAUGAUACGAAGGAAACGGGUAAUUCGGCUUCGGGUGGCGGCUCGGAGCAAUCGGAACUGGCUUCAGCUUCGUGGAUGGCUUAUAUGGCUACGGCUUCUGAGGCUUCUACGAGAAGCGGAACUUCAAUGGUUUCUUUGUUGUUGUUGGUGGUGGUUGGUUUCAUUUUUAAUGUUUUAGUGUUUCGUUGAUUUUAGUUUGUAUCUUUAUCUUACUUUUUAAGAGAAUAUAAAUAGAGAUAUACGGUUGGUAAAAUUGUUAAAUUAGUGUAGUGUUGAAACAUUGUUUGUUAAAUUGUGUAUAGACUAGAGUAAUAAGGAAUUCAGUUAUUUGUUGCAUGGGUUGAUUGUGGUUUGGUGUGAUGAUUAGUUUAAUUAUAAUUUAUUAGGCUUUGGAGUUGGAGGGUAAGGUGGAGGUGGGUUAGUGAAUCACAUUCUCUUGAUUUUGAGUGUGAACAAGAAGUUGUGUACUGAAUUGAUGGGUAAUUCAAUUAGUGGGUUUUGAGGCCCAUCACCUUUUUGUGAGGGGGGAGAUAGAAAAAUGAACGAUUGUGAUGCUCUCAUUUCUUUUUUACGUUAAGGUUUUAAAAACUAUGCCAUUGUUAAUUCAUGGAGAUCAAGACACUUAUUCACAACUUAAUGAUUUGUAUCACUAA